CCCAACGAAGUUCUCCCAUCAGCUACUUCGACAAUCGCAAAUAUGGCUGACGCUGACUACGACCCCGAGGCCGCAGCUGCCCUUAAGGCGAAGAGGGCGUUCCGCAAGUUCUCUUAUCGCGGCGUUGACCUCGACCAGCUCCUCGACCUUGGCUCUGAGGAACUCCGCGACCUCGUCCACGCCCGUGCCCGCCGCAGGUUCAACCGUGGUCUCAAGCGCAAGCCCAUGGGCCUCAUCAAGAAGCUCAGGAAGUCCAAGCAGGAGGCCAAGCCCAACGAGAAGCCCGACCUCGUCAAGACCCACCUCCGUGACAUGAUUGUCGUCCCCGAGAUGAUCGGCAGCGUCAUCGGUGUCUACUCCGGAAAGGAGUUCAACCAGGUCGAAAUCAAGCCCGAGAUGGUCGGCCACUACCUCGCAGAGUUCUCCAUCUCAUACAGGCCCGUCAAGCACGGAAGGCCGGGUAUUGGUGCCACUCACUCUUCCCGUUUCAUUCCUCUCAAGUAAACGAACUGGGUUUUGGUUGCAUGGGUUCUUUCGUGGGGCGGAUAUGUACUUGACGACCUAAAAUGAAUACAGGUGUUAGGUGCAUUUACUCUCGAUGGCUAUGACGAACACAACGAUCAUGGCGGGCAUGAAGAUAUGGUGUAGAUAGCACCACCAUUACAUUCGAGAUACCUCCACACUGCUUCCUCCACUGGGUGAUGUGUACUUGUUGUGAUCGAUGUUGAGCAUGCUGGUCGAUUGGAUUCAAUCGCUGCACUACACUGCACUGGACUUCACAUGGGACAGUGGACGUCAGAUCAAGAGAUACGGCAAGUCUACAAGUUGGAGGGCAGCGGUAAUCGUAUUAGGUAUUGUUACACUAGGAAAUGCAAGUGACGUGUGCUCUCGCUACCUUCCAAGGCGCAUC